CGUAUCGCAUUCUUUGUGACCAGUUCCUCGUGCACACAUAAUCACGGUCGACGUUAACCAUACAUAAGCGGUCCAACUGUCCAACUAUCUUGUAUUGCUUAGUAAAAUAAUGUUCGAAAACGUAUUGAUUUAUUUGACAACUGUUUUUAUAAUUUACUUCUUUUGGAACUGUUGUAAAAAAGUGUUGUUUAUUAGAAGAUUAGAUACUUUACCAGGACCAAAGACAUUACCACUUAUUGGUAAUGUGAGUAACGUCUAUCAUGCAUUUGCGAAUUGCGAAGAUUUUAUGGAUCUUGUAUUAAAGUUCAUGGAAGAUUAUUCAUCCCUUUGUCAAGUUUGGAUAGGCAGCAAGUUAAUAAUUGGAAUAUACAAUCCAGAUGAAGUAAAAACUGUCUUAUAUAGUGAAAAUUGCAUGGAUAAAGCUAUGCUCUAUAAAUAUAUUCCUCUGGUGGGUAAAAUGGGAUUACUUACUGCUCCUGUACCCGCAUGGAAUCGAUUAAGAAAAAUGACUGGACCAACAUUUAGUUCAGAUAUGUUGCAAGGUUUCUUUAAUACGUUUGUAGAACAAUCUAUAAGACUUACAGAUGAUUUGGAAAAAGUUGGAUUAAAUGGAAACGAAAUUAUCUACGUAGAUCAUGUAGCAAGUUGUGUUUUUAGAAUUGCAUGUGAUUCUCUAAUGGGUAUUCAGUUGGAACCAAACAAAAAUCAUCAAUUUGUUUCACUAAUUGAAAGGUAUAUAAUAUUUUCUUCUCAUUCUAAAUAUUCGCGAUCAUGAUGUAAAUCAUGUAAC